UAGGCUGAGUGCAGGUAUUGAAUGCACGAGGAGACGAUAUUGAAGUCGUCCUGUUAUUAAUUAUUGAAUUAGUGAUUAAGCAACAAUGUCUUCGGUUCAGCAUCUGAGAGAGUUUGUCAACGAGCGGCUAACUGCUGCUGCUGAAGAAAUAUUCACAGUUUUUAAAAAGACGAUCGUGGAGUUUGAGGAAGAGAUCAACCGUCAGCGCAAACUGCUGGAUGUCGUUUGGAAACCCGAAAUUAAAUUGCACAGGAUAGAGCUCCCACAGCAACAUGUCUGUAAGGAGGAAGAGGAGGAGGUUGUGGCUGAGCAGCAGCUCUGUAACCCGGACAGGAACUCCAGUCCAGACCAAGAGGACCCAGAACCUCCACAGAUGAAAGAGGAACAGGAGGAAGUCUGCAGCAGUCAGGAGGGAGAGCAGCUUGUACUGAAGCAGGAGACUGAUACCUUCAUGUUGACCCCUACUUGUGAGGAAAGUGACCACCAGCUCAUGUCCCACACCUGUCAUGGAGCUGAGAGCCAAGAUCAGAAAGGAGGCAGACAUGAAGAUUCAGGAUCAGCUAGAAACGCAGAGCCAAAAGCAAAGAAAAGAAAUCAGAAACAGAAACAUGACAGUAACAAUAUACACAACCCUAACUUGUCAGAGAUUGACAGUGAUACUCAGAGAGUUGAAAAGUGUUUCAAGUGUGACACAUGUGGGAAAGCUUUUAAAUAUAAGUCCCAAUUUGAUGUACAUUUGAGAAGUCACACAGGUGAGAAGCCGCGUGUGUGUAACACCUGUGGGAAAAGAUUCUCUUCGACAUCGGCAUUGAAUGCUCAUAUAAAAAUCCAUAUAGGUGAGAAACCAUAUUUGUGUAACACCUGUGGGAAAAGAUUCUCUUCGACAUCGGCAUUGAAUGCUCAUAUAAAAAUCCAUACGAGUGAGCAACCAUAUUCGUGUAACACCUGUGGGAAAAGAUUCAAUUAUAUGUCAGCGUUGAAUGCUCAUACAAGAAUGCACACAGGUGAGAAACCAUAUUUGUGCAACACCUGUGGAAAAAGAUUCACUCACAUGACAACAUUGAUCUGUCACAGUAGAAUCCAUACAGGUGAGAAACCAUAUUCGUGUACCACGUGUGGGAAAAGAUUCAGUCAGCUGUCAGCAUUGAACACUCAUGCAAGAAUCCACACAGGUGAGAAGCCAUAUUUGUGUGACACCUGUGGGAAAAGAUUCAGUCACUUGGCAGCAUUGAUCUGUCACAGAAGAAUCCACACAGGUGAGAGGCCAUAUCCAUGUACCACCUGUGGGAAAAGAUUCAUUCAGAUAUCAGCCUUGAACAAUCAUGCAAAGAUCCACACAGCUGAGCCAUAUUCAUGCAACACCUGCAGGAAAAGAUUUACUGAAAAGUCUGAAUUAGAAAUACAUAUGAGAGCACACACAGAUGAGAAGUCGUACCUUUGCAAGACCUGCAAUAAAAGAUUCUCUAAGAUGUCAGCCCUGAAACAGCACACAAGAAUCCACACAGGUAGAAAAUAAUCAGAAAACAUCGGAGGGUUAUGAGACUUAAUGGUGCUGUGGUAGUCCACAUGAGAAGAGGCCACACUGGAGUGUAGCAGCUCGACCAGCACCUGGUCGAGCUGCUACACAAUAAAUGUUGCAUGUUAUAGAAAUUAAAUAAAAAGUGGCAUUGACAGGGGCCAUUCUGCAUAGUGAUUAUUUCAGUGAGUCUUACUGUAAAUAGGUUUUGUUCACAAUACGUCCAUAGUUUUACUGAACAUUUCAAAUGCACCGUGAAUCACACUGUGGUGUUUCUACUUAAAUAUUCUUAAUACUUCUCCCACCACUGCUUAUUUGUAUUUUUUAUAAACAUCAUGAUCUGCGACAGAACUGAAGAGAUGGAUCUUAGCUGAAACUACUAGUUUAGAAAAGAUUACGUAGUUUCCUCGUGGAAUGAAGAGAGGUAGAGAGGUCGCAAAUCAUUGCGACUGAUAUUAAACAGACAAGUUGUGAGAAUUAAAAAAGCCAUCAACUGAAAGCAGAAAGAUCCCGCACGUCCAAAAGCGGAAGUAAAAAAGUUCAAGCGCCAAUUUCGUUGGCUGAGUGCAGGUAUAGAAUGAACAAGGAGGCGACAUUGAAGUCGUCCUGUUCCUAAUUCCUGAGUUAGUGGCAUUGAACACAAGUCCCAGUCAUAUAAACACGUGAGAAGACACACAGGUGAGAAGCCAUAUUCAUGCAACACCUGUGGGAAAAAAUUCAAUCACAUGUCAGCAAUGAACUGUCAUGUCAGAAUCCGUAAUUUGAACAAAUGCAGUGAAAUUAAUACAUACAUAGUCUAAAUACUGUGUACUUUUAUUUGAGUAUUGGCAAUAUAUAGCUACACUACCAGUCAAAAGUUUGGACACACCUUCUCACUCAAUGUUUAUUAUUACUUUCUACAUUGUAGACUUAUACUGAAGACAUCAAAACUAUGAAGGAACACAAAUGGCAUUAUGAAGUAAACAGAAAGGGUUAAAAAAAACAUAAUAUGUUUAAUAUUUUAGAUUCUUCGAAGUCGCCACCUUUUGCUUUGAUGACAGCUUUGCACACUCUUGGCAUUUAAUCAGCUUCAUGAGGCAGUCACCUGAAAUGGUUUUCCAGCAGUCUUGAAAGAGCUCCCAGAGGUGCUGAGCGCUUGUUGGCUGUUUUGCCUUCACUCUGCGGUCCAACCCAUCCCAAACCUUCUCAUCUGGGUUUAGGUCAAGUGAUUGUGGAGGCCAAGUCAUCUGACGCAGCACUCCAUCACUCUCCCUCUUGGACAAA